AUGGGAUGCUAUAUUUCAAAACCUAUUUCAAAGCGCAAGUCUUUUAAAUCGAAGUCUUUUAAAUCGAAGUUUGCUAAACGAAUUUUCGUUACACAUAAUUUUUCAACCGACUCAAUAUCUGAGAAGAGCGAUAUUAAAAAAGAAUUCGCUGAAAUGGAUGAAGUUAGUAAACUAAGUAGCAAACCAACUGCUAUAAGAUAUAUCGAAGAAAUUAGUAAACUAAACAACGAAUCGACUACUGCAAUACGUACGGAUGAAGAUUUAUUUCCGUUUCCUGAGAAAGAUUAUGGUGGCGACAGAUUAGCUUUACAACACCAUCUGUUUAAAUAUAUGUGGCAAAGUAACUUUUCCGCUCCCGUUGACGAAAAAUUGAAAACCGGUGCAACGGUCUUGGAUUUUGGAUGUGGAACUGUCACUUGGCUCAUAGAUUUAGCAUUACAAUAUCCAAAUUCGAAAUUUUUCGGCGUCGACCAACCUUAUUUACUCCGUGUUAGUACUCCAACAACUAUACCGUCAAAUGUUACCGUUCAAUAUUAUGAUAUUUUAUCUGGAUUACCAUUUGAAGAUGAAACUUUUGAUUUUGUAUAUAUGCGAUUCAUGGCCGGUGAAAUACCUGAAAAACAAACUGAAAGGAUAAUAAAUGAAUUUAUGAGAGUUUUGAAAGUUGGUGGUUAUUUGGAAAUUAUGGAUAUUGAUACUGAAGGUAGAAAUGAAGGUCCAAUAACGCAAGAUUUGGUUUCUUCAGCAACUGAAAGAAAUCCUUUAAUGAUAUCAAAAAUGAAAUCAUUACUCUAUUCAAAUCCUCGUCUAACUUCUUUAUCAUUGGAGGAGCAAUACUGUCCAGUUGGUAGUUGGUGUGGUAAUAUUGGUGAAAUCGCUUUAAUAAAUUGGACAUUAUUGUUAAAUCAAUUGAAAUAUUAUCUAAUUCCCUUUUUGGGCGUUAGCGAUAAUGGAUACAAAAAGAUGAUUAAUCAAUUUGCUGGUGAGGUCGAUAUAUUUCAAACUCAUUGG